AUGAACAAUGAAACAAGCUUCCUACGGGAAAUGCUUGAUGGGAAUGAUACACAGGUGACAACUUUUGCUCCCAAUUCAACACCCUUAGCCACUAUUAUUGAUUCCUUUACAUCCAAAGGGGAAAGGAACCAAGUAUCAACUACCGCUACCAGCCCAAUUGUAGAGAGUGUUGUAAACGGCGUCAAUGACGCUAUCACCGGUGUGGUAGGAAUUGUAACUUCUUCCUUCUCUGGAAAUGAAUCCUCACCCCUCCAAUCUUUAUCAGCUGCACACACACAGAGUGUUCCCAUUAUUCAUAAUGGAACAAAUAGCAGUACUACGCACAAUGUUCUACUUGGAGGAAGCUCACAAGAAAUAUGUUUGACACUAAAUAUGUUCACUCUGCUUUUUCUCUUUUUGUUACUCCUAAUGAUAAUGCGCAUCGCAGCGUUUUUAUACGACGACACCGUCCUAGGAAAUUGCUACGAUAAAGUGUGUGACUUCCUGUGUACUAAGCCCGGAAACGAGGAACACGAUAAUGCAGAUGAAAAUGAGACAGGUAAUGACAUUGAAAGAGGAGGCUCCGGGAGAGGAGCCCGAAACAAAAAUUCCCAUAGGCGUGAUUCAGAGAAAAGAAUAAGAACAGGAAAGAAAAGCUUAGGAAAGCGAAAAAUUCAUAUAUUUCUCAAAAUCCUACUUUUACCGAAUCAGGUGUAUAACAGCUUGACUUUACCUCUUGUGGUAAUGGAACUGGGAAUAUCUUGUUUAAUCCCUCAUUAUAUGAUACCAAUUUCAAGACACUUACGGACGUUGAAGGAAAAAAGGAUAAAAAUUGAAAUGGGAACAACCAGACUCUUACUAAGUGAAAAGAUCAUAAAGGAAAUGUUGUUGUUGAGAAGAUGGGCAAAGUGA